AUAUAAGGUUGAGGUGUAAAGAGAAAUCAUGACCUAGCAUGUUAACUAUGUCAAGUUCUAGUGGUCUCCAAGACCCAGCUGUAGCUAAAUUGCAAAACAAUUCAGUGUGAUUUUAGAAACUUUAACGGAUAAAUGAAGAGGUAUAUAGCACCAUGUGAUUACCGUAUAUCUUCUAAAUUUAUCGGUAAUUACCCCGGACACUUUUUGGGGCAAUUUUUGUUGUUCUAAUACAACGGACACUCCAGUUCUUUAAUAAUUAUUACGGACAAUACCUUUAAAAGUUGAGUUACGUUCAUAGACUGCAAGUAAGACUUAGAGUGCUUGCAGUUGAGUAGCUAGUUUUAGAUAGCUAGUGCAACUAUUCAGUCACACACUGUUCUAUUAAACUUAGCUAGCUCGCAUGCAGCUGCUUGCUUGUUCUAAUUAUUCCGGACACUUCGCAUGCUCUAUAAAAAUCUGUUCCAAUUAUACUCGGACAAUUUCCAAAAUAAUUAUUUUCUGCGGUCCGAUAAGAUAUACGGUACCUCUAUUUGUUUGUGAUUCGCUUUUUCAACCUUUGAAUUUACAAGGUUUUGCUAUAAUAUUAUGCUGACAACCACACUGGGGGGUACUUAUUGAUGCAAAUUUGCCACACAAGCAGUUAGCACUCAAGAUGUAGAGCUGGAUAUUCAUUUUCACGUGCAUUGGUGUAUACCUAUACUGUAUAAUUAAGCCUUGGUGUGCGCAUGCGCAAGCGAGGUAUACGGUAGUGUGUUUGUGUGUCUGUGUAGACUGUUGCUGCCCAUGCAAGGAUCAAUGAUUCAGAAAUGCAAGUAAGAGUUUCUAUAGGCUUCUCGUCACGUUAGAUUGCAAUUUGUGGAUUUGUAAAAUAAUGCUUUGUUCUCGAGUUACUGAUAUAGCUAGGUUUUGCUUGCUUGGAAUGCCAUUGUAGCCUUUUUCAGAACAGUGCGUAGCAAAACCUGUCCAUGGAGUGUUGCUAUACUCUACCUUAGAGUCUGCAAAGCUGCAUUUAGCUGUUUCAUGCAGCCAUUAAUUUAUGGAUUUUGAACUUUCAGCAACCUUUUUAGAAACGAUCAUGGUUGAUGAUUUCCCACUUUUGCACCAAUGUAAAUUUAAAAGCUAGAUCUAGUAGCUUCAUAUGUUAGGUGCCUCCACUGAGGCCGCGAUGCUUUCAUUACUGGCACGGAAUUAUGUGCGUAUAAAUUAUCGUCUUUUCAGGCUGUUCCUUCAUCAAGUAUACUAUAGAUGAUGUCGUUGCUGCUCAAAAUAGGUCAACAUUAGAGGCACAUGGUGCUCAUUUUUAUAAACGUCACUUAUCUGAUAAAGAGGAUGGAUGCGUCACAAAGGAUGGAUGCAAAAAACUUAAGAUUGUGUGCUUUAUAUUAGAGUAUGCAUCCAAUACACAUGCAUGUACUUACUUUCUGUCUAUGUGUAUACAUGUGUAUAGUGAGACAUUGUGAUGAAGGAUGUAUGUUUGUUGGUUGUUGAUGCCUUCUAUGUUGAUGUCUAGUCUGUGGUUAUGAUAUUACAUGGUUGAGGGGGCAAGCAAGAGCAUGCCUGUUGGAACUGAUUACCUUGCACAUUUAACUGGUUUGUAAACUGAUGGUGUAUAAAAAAUGUGAAUCCUUCUAGUUGCACAUGUUUAGUUCAUACUGUCCUGUUAGUUAAAGAUGGCUAGCUCUAGUAGUCUCCAAGGCGCAGCUGAAAAGUCUGUCAUCUCAAACCUCGGUGAAAUUGCGAAGACAAUCCAGUGUCGAUUUUCUUGUGGAGGCUCCCUUCCCCAAGUGGACAAUGUGACAAUACACUACACAAAGAAGCCAAGAGACUACAAUGCACUAACCUUGCCAGGGGAUGUGACGGAGGACAAGAAUCUUCCUAUGUUUCUCGAGGCCUGCUCUACUGCUAGUUUUGGCAUAGGCAGCCAAACUGUCACUGACCCAACUUAUAGGGAUGCUCUCAAACUAGAUCCAGAUUGUUUCACUGCCGAUUUCGAGUUAGCCAACACAACAAUUCUUGGCUCUAUUGCUAGCAUCAUGGCUGUUGGGUCAUCUAUCCGAGCAGAGCUGUACAAACUGAAUGUCUACUCGACUGGUGGUCACUUUAAGGCUCACGUGGACACACCUCGAUCUCCGGAGAUGUUUGGCAGCCUGGUAGUGAGUCUCCCCUCUCAGUUCACAGGAGGUGCUCUAGUGACCAGGCACCAGAGACACACGAUAACAUUUGAUUGGAGCUCUUCCCCGACAACCACUCAGUGGGCUGCGUUCUAUAGCGAUGUGGAGCACGAAGUUCUCCCUGUGACCAGCGGCCAUCGCUUUACUCUCACCUACAACCUCUACACUCUGUCUGCCUGCCAUCCAGUAUCACUCGACGUUACUACUAGCCCUCUCCACAAAGAGCUGCAGGCUGCUUUGAAGACCCCUCACUUCAUGAGAGAGGGUGGAACUCUCGGAUUCUUUUGUCGCUAUCGAUACAUAGAGUGUGAGAGUGACGAAUUCCUCAAGUUUAGAGAGGCCCCUUUCCUUAAAGGAGAAGACAUGAUCAUUUACCGUGUUGCCAAAUCACUUGGUCUCUCUGUGCAGUUGAAGGCAAUAUGUGGAGGAUAUGAUGAUAAUUAGUUACACGGAUUUUAUUGUACCAUCGUUUAAACACAAGCAUGAUUUUACCGAUGAAGAUUUUGAUGACAAAGCCAAGCUGGCAGAGGCUUUUGGCCAUGUUGAGAAUGCUAAGAAUGUUCAUUGGUGUGUGUGGACGGGGCCGGGGAAGAGGAAGGUGCCGUUGCUGUCAGCUAUUCACUUUGACAACGCUCGCUUUGGUAAUGGUCCAGCUCUCGAAGUGUUUUACCAAUCCGCUGCUCUGUUAAUGGAAGUACCCAAGUUCACCAGUGGUCGUGGAGUUCCUGUUGCUUCAGUACAAGCUGUGCUUGGUUGUAUCGAACAGGUCAAUGAGGAAGUUGAAAAAGUUGAAGCCGACUUAAUUAAUUUUAAGUCCAAAGAGAUAAUGCAGCUGAAGUCUGAUGAGAAGAUGCUACAGAAUAAGCACACUAAAGUUAUGACAGAGAGAAACGAACUGUUGUGCAUGAUCCCACCAAGCAAAAGGGCAAAGAAAUGAACAGUUGUUGAUCAACCAUUGUGUUUUCUCUGUGUUUAACAUUGUAUUUAUUCAUUUAUUCUGUUGUAUUAUGUUUAUGCAUUUACUAUAUGGUCGCAACAGUAUGCUGUAACUAGUGCGCCAUAUCCGAUGCAUGGAUAUUAUUAAUAUUUUGGCAGUAUAAUUAUGCUGGGUAUAAGUUGGUGUCACAUGCCCUUUGGACUCUGUCACUCUAGAGGUUGGGGGUUACAGGACUGUGGUUUGGU